CCGAGGGGAUAAGGGCGUCGUCCCCUCGACGCCUCGAUCCCUUCCCUCCACUCAUCGCUCUCCCACAUGGUCCUCCCCACUCACUCUCUUCCCCUUGCUCGUGCUCCCUUCCCCCUCAGAUCCACCUCGCCCGCUACUGCCGUCACCGCGUCGUCGUCGUCACCGCGCACCGGAGCCUCCCCGAGCUUCGCGGCGGUGUACAGGAGCCCCGGCGGGUCCUUCUUCGUCAACUACACCACCGGAGCGAGGCUGGAGACCUGCGCCACCGUCGCCUACGUCGUCCGUGAGGAACGGUUCGAGCUGGAGUGCUCUACAUCAUCCCCUGCAUCUUCGUCUUCCUCUUCGUCCACCGACGCCGUCCCGGCCACCUCGACUCUUCCCCGGGCCUUCCCUGCAACGGCAACCCCGAGACCGAUGCCGCCCCUGUGAUUGACUACAUCGACGACGACCCCUCCUUCUUGC